AUGGGUCUCUCCGACUUCUUCUCCGACGUUAUGUCCUCCUUCGGCUUCCCCGAGGCUCAGGCUGAGGCUCCCGCCGAGGAGACCACCACCACCACCACCCCCAGCCAGGAGACCGAGGCUGAGGAGAAGCCCGCCGUGAACAACGAGGAGGAGGCCGCCCCUGCCGCCGAGGAGAGCACCGAGGAGUCUGCUGAGGAGACCCCUGCUGAGGAGGAGUCCGCCGAGGAGGAGCCCGCUGAGGAGGAGGAAGAAGAGGAGGAAGAGGAAGAGGAGGAAGAGGAGGAGCCUGAGGACAUCAAGCCCCAGCUUGAGGAGGAGUGCGCCAACUCUUCCCAGUGCGCCCCCUACAAGCACCACUUCGAUGAGUGCGUCGAGCGCGUAACCCAGCAGCAGGAGGACCCCGACUACAAGGGCCCCAAGGAGGACUGCGUUGAGGAGUUCUUCCACCUCACGCACUGCGCUACCCAGUGCGCCGCCCCCAAGCUCUGGAAGGCCCUCAAAUAA